UUAACGCGCGCUAAAGCAAAAGAAUGCUACAUGUCUUCUCGUGAGAUUGUAACGCUGCAGUUGGGACACUACGCCAAUUUUGUAGGAUCUCAUUGGUGGAAUCUUCAGUGUUCUGAGGGAGAGUUUCUGACUGGCAAGGAAAGAAAUGAAAUUGAUCACAAUGUUCUGUUCCGAUGUAGCAGCACAGCUAAGAAAGAAAGGAUGUACACUCCAAGACUACUAGCAAUUGAUCGAAAAGGAAGUAUAACAGCAAGUCAUCGAUAUGAGGGAAGUGAUGAUAAGACAGAAAUUUUGGAUAAGCUUUGGGAUGGCCGUGUGGUAGAAUAUAUUUCUAAUUCAUGUGAUAAACGUGCAGCAGAAUCAAUGGGAGAUGGAUUGGUAGGGAAUGAUGAAGGCAUGUGGAUAGAUGCUCUUCAUGCACACCUUAAUCCUCAGUCUCUCUACACAAUAUCUAGUGUUCUGCAUGAAGAUGAGUCUCAUCCGUUUGACGUGUUUACUGCUGGUCAGGAAUUAUGGACACGAUCAAAGAUACGAGAUGAGAUUGAAGACAGACUCCAUUUCUUUGUUGAAGAAUGUGAUCAUUUGCAGGGCUUUCACGUGCUGUUCAAUCUCUCAGAUGGCUUCUCUGGUUUGACUUGUGCCAUUCUCGAUUUGUUGGUUGAUGAAUUUCCAUCGUGUGGCUUUUUUACUCCAACCUUUAUCCCUUCAAUCAACACUGUAGACAGAGACGUACGUGCUCUUCACUAUCGACUUUUAACUUCUGGUUUUGCAUUGAGCCAUUGUGCUAGUCUCUCUUCUUCUCUUGUCCUUCCACUUUCACUUUAUGAGGGAUGCUGGAGAUCGUUGGCUUUACCAAGACAUUUUCCUUGUCUCAACUACGAUCCAACCAGUAGAAAUCACACAAGUGCCAUUAUUGCUGCAGCUCUUGAUACCAUGUCUGUUUCAUACAGGGCACAGCACCCUGAGAUUUCACUUCGUGAACUAACAUCAAGCGUAACUUCAAUGGGAAGAUCAGUUGGUAGUUUGCAGCUGUCUUUUCCUUUUCCCAUUUCUACUGACUCUUCUCUCCACCACUUCUUGUCAACAUCUCCUCCAUUCCACGAAGCAAAGUUUAUUACUUCUCUUACUCCACAUGUUCCAUCUCACUCACAGACACAUAGACUGCCAUUUUAUCAACACAUCUCAGUUAGAGGAAUUCAACAGUGCUCUCACACUGUUUCAAGCAUAAUGUCUGGUUAUCUUGAUACGAAACUGUCAGCGGCAAGAAGUGAUGUUUCUGCUGUUCAAGAUAGUCUUGUCCUUCCAAAGUCUUUUCCUAUUGAAGUUCAGUCAUCUGAUAGCAAGAAAUCGUUGGAAAGAGUAAAAGUUUCAAGCUUGUCUGCUCUACAAUCUCACCCUGCCAUUGAACAAAAGCUGUCUUUACUGGUUAAAGAUAUGAAGAACAUCAGCAUUUCUCAAUACAGCCAUGUUUUUGAGCCAGACAGUGUGUCAGAAAGUAUUGAACAGUUGCAGCAACUAUCAGCUUGCUACACAAUGCAACAUAAGCAAACUCAUUCAGACAGUGAUGAUGAAGACGAUGACAUAUAAAGGUAUUUUAUUUUCUAUAGCUGUAUGCAUACAUUAAUUUCGAGAAAUCAUGGCGUUCUGA